AUGCUUCGACCAUUGGCACGUAAAUUCCCCACAAACCUACGAACUAUUCAAAGAAAUAGCUUCAGUUCGACGUCAGCUGCUAGAGCCGACUUCACCCAUGCUGUAAUUGGUGGCGGUGUCGUUGGGCUUGCCGUGGCCCGUCAACUUGCGCAGCGGGACGAUACCUCAACGGUUCUCAUUGAGCGCCACAAUGCUAUUGGCACAGAGACAAGCUCGCGUAACAGUGAAGUUAUACACGCCGGUAUCUACUACGGACCAUCCAGCUUGAAAGCAAAACUCUGCAUCCGUGGCAAGAACCUGCUAUACGAGCUUUGUGAGAAGCACGAUAUAGGCCAUCGCCGCACGGGCAAAUGGAUCGUCGCUCAAAACGACGCACAGCGUGACACUCUCGAGAAGAUUCACUCACUGUGCGAGAACGACCUCGGUGUCCCAACACGAUGGGUGAGCGGUGAAGAGGUCAAGAGAGACGGUGAAGGCGUCAAUGCUGCUUGUGCGCUUGAGAGUCCGACAACGGGUAUCGUCGACUCGCACGGCUUGAUGUUGUGUCUCCAAGGUCUAUUCGAGGAUGCUGGUGGUGUUUCGGCGCUCAACUCACCCGUCUUAAACAUCAAACCUCUCGGAUCUAAACCCGGCAGUGAAGGUUGGGAGAUUGGUGUUAAGGAUGCUGCCACAGGUGAGACCUCGAGUAUCACGGCUGAGACGCUCAUCAACGCUGCUGGUCUCGGAGCUGCGGUUAUUCACAACAUGAUUGUCCCGUCUGAGAAGCGACAGGAGCUGUACUAUGCCAAGGGCAACUAUUUCUCGUAUUCUGCCUCCCAGCCCAAGAUCUCGCGUCUCAUAUAUCCCGUCCCUGAGCCUGGCAUUGCAGGCCUAGGCACCCAUUUGACGCUUGAUCUUGCGGGUCGUCUACGUUUUGGCCCAGAUGUGGAAUGGAUUGAUGAUCCGAAUGACUUGGCUGUCAACGCAGCACGAUUGCCGCAAGCUAUUACUGAGAUCCAGCGUUAUCUACCAGGCAUUGACGCCUCGGCUUUAGUGGCAGACUAUGCUGGUGUUCGUCCCAAGUUAGCUGGACAAGAGGCUGUCCUCAAAGGCAAAGGGUUCCACGACUUUAUCAUCAGGAAAGAGGAGGGAUACGAGGGCUGGGUAAAUCUAUUGGGUAUCGAAAGUCCUGGAUUAACGAGCUCACUGGCGAUCGCUGAGAUGGUACAAGAAUUGCUCUACGGGACCAGCAAGUCACUGUAG